UGUCAUUGUCUGGUGAGCACAAAAGUAGCUGCAGGCUGUGCAGGAGGCACAGGUGUGUGCAGGGUGAUGGGCUCGCUAGUAGUCAUGUUACCAUUGUACACAGCACACCCAGCAACACACCGACACUGCUCUGGCUGCUCUGGCCCGCAUGCCAGGGGCUCAGCCUAUGCGGUAAACCCAUCGCAUCCAAAAACAUGCCCUUUUCUGAACCUUUUCUCCACCCACUGCACCAGCCCAUGCCCGGGGCUGUGGGGAUGCCUGGGGCAUCCCCAGGAUUCACCAUCCCAGUGGACAUCCCCCCCUUCUACUUCCAGCCCCGCCGGGUCGGUGUGGACUGGCGUCGCUUCAGCGCCAUUGAUGUGGAGCGGGUGGCCCGGGAGGUGGACGUGGCUGCUCUCCAGGAGCACAUUGCCUGCGUGACCUUCUGCAACCUGGAUGCAGAACGGUGCCCCCACUGCGGGCAGCCGGCAGACCCCAUCCUGCUGAAGGUGCUCAGGAUGGCCCAGCUGAGCAUCGAGUACCUGCUGCACUGCCAGGAGCACCUGGGGACCAGCCUGGCCAUGCACGCACAGCACCUGCAAGCUGCCCACACCGAGCUGGCUUGCACACAGCAGCAGGCAGCAGAGCAGGUGGCACAGCUCCGGGGAGCAAAGGAGGAGAGCAGGAGGUGGAAGAAGAUGAUUGCCAUGCAGCAGCUUCUCCUGCAAGCUGGCCCCAUUGCCUACUGCAAGUGCCACCUCUGCGAUAAAGCCUUCAUGAAUGACUCCCUCCUGCAAGCCCAUGUGCAGUGCCAGCACACAGAAGCCACCAAGGCGGAGAGGCAGAAGAUGAAGCAGGUGGAGAAAAUGGAGGAUGAGGUGGAGGAGCUGAAGGCAAAACUGCGGGAGAUGCAGCAGCGGCUGGAAGCAGAGAGAGAAGCGGAGAAGCUGCGCAGGGAGCAGGAAACAGAGAGAGCUCGCCAGAAAGAAGACGGCAGGAGAGAUUUGGAAAGGUGGAAAGAGGAGGAGAGGGCAAAGUUGCAUAAAGAGUUAGAUGGCCUGAGGCAGCUCUUCCUCACAGCAUUCAAGGACAUGGCCAGCAGGAGCAGUGCCAUGGAGAGGAAACUGCAGGAGCUUCAGGCCAGAGAGGCAGCAGUGUCCAACCUGGGGACUCUGCAGAAUGAUGAUACUGAGGAGGCAUGGGGCCAGACACCAAGCCAAGCAGACCUGCAGGGCAAGUGGGAGAGGAUGGCAGUGCAGUUGAAGAAAGAGAAGAAGACACUCCGUGCUGUCCCAUCGCAGGACCAGCGGGCGGUUAUGGACUGCAUCCAUCAGCAGAUGGAUGCCCUCAGCACCCAUCUCAAAGAGCAGCCCCAAGUGUCAAAGUCCCAGGAGAAGGUGAUCAAGCUGCUCUCUGCAAGCAAACCUGAAGUGACCCGGGAGGUGACCAAAGUGGUGGCUGAUGAAGAGUCAGCAGACAGGGAAGAGGCUGCCCUGGGUGGGAAGCAGAGGCUGCUGGAAGCCCUGUGGAGAAACCCAAACCUCCUGAAGCAGUUCCGCAUCAUCCUGGAGGAAGUGCUGGAGGAAAAGCUGGAGAGCAUGGGGGUCAAGAGGGUUGCGAAGGGGAUCUCCACUUGGACGUACAGAAGCCUCCAGGCUCUGGUCAGGCUUCAGCAGCAACAGAAGGCUGAGAAAUUUCCCUGCCUCCUCCACCUGAGGGAUGAGUUGGUCCAAGCGGUCAUGGAGAAAGUCAGGCGAUGCAAGAAGCCCAGCACUAAUUUGCCUCGACAGGUCUCCAUCAUCCCAGCUCAAAGCCCAAAGAGCCCCAGGUCCCUUUGUGGGUCACAGCCCAUGACAACACCAGCUGUAGUACAGCCUGAAGCCUCAGCAAUCCCCCAGCCUGCUCCUUGGAGAAAAGCCUGUUCCACCCGCAGCUCCCCAAGGACUCCCUGGGGCAUCCUGCAGACCUCCAAAGCCAGCAGAACCCACCGAGGGCUUGUCCCACAGCGGAGUUCAGAAGCAAAGUUGGGAGGGAAGAAGCCUGCCCCAUCCCCUUUGAGGCUCAGCUCUCAGCAAGAGCCAGCGCUCUCUGCAGUGGUGCCAGGGAAUGAGACUGACCCAGAUGGUUGGGACCUGGACUCGCUGGAGGAAACAACUGGUUCAGGGACAGCCCCAUCCAUGAUGGUGAGGAUUUCGGAGAGAUGCCUGGAUGCAGUAGCACGAAGACUGGCUGAUGGGGUGAAACCCUUCCCAGCCCUGAGCUCAGCAUUGCCCAAAACCAGCCAGCCUACCAAGAAACUCCAGUUUGCAGGUGACAGCAGUGAGCUGGAGACCUCUUCCCUGGAGGACCCGGCCGAGCUGCCGGCAUCGGUCACUGCUGAUGCUCAGGGGCCACCUCAAUGCCCAGGGUCCUGGGGAGCCAGGCUGCAAGGGGGCAUGUGGUGGUGACAGGGAAGUGGGAGUCCUCUGCCAGCAACCACUGGAUGGUGCCACAAGACCAGAAACGGGCAGCAGUUCUUCUUCAGCCUCCCUAGGGCUGCUCCUGGUCUCCUGCUGCCCCUCUUUUUGGAAAGACCCCAAUAUUAGGGCUUUCCCAGACAGCACAGUGAGGGUUAGGUCCUCCCUGGCCAGCCGCUGCGGAUCGCACCAAGGAGGAUAAAAGCUGCGUGGUCUGAAAAGGAGUGAUUUCUGCUCUCCCUUCAUCAUGCACAUGAGCAAUAACACAGUGUCCAGUGGUGCCAAGAGCUUUUGAAGCCCCAGAGCUCUCCCUGGACUUUGCGUCCCACAGGCUGGGGCUAACUGUCCAUGCUGGACACAACGCAGCACUUGUGUGUGGUUUUUUUAUUCUUUAAGCUGUUCAGAAAACAGAGUCAGGGAGGGGAGAAAGAAGCUUUUCUUGUUGUUGUGUCUCUCUCUGCUGGUGUUCCAAAGGGCGAUGGAAAAGGUCUCAUUUUCUGCACUAGGAUGAACCUGGCCUGAAUGCACUUGGACAGAGUAACAAGCCACAGCUGCUGUCCCCUCCCUCCUUUUCUUCUUGGAUCAAUGGAAACUCCAACCCAAAGGAUGACUUUUUGCACUGUAAACAUAACCACAUAAGCCUGACUCCACUGAUAAUGCUCACCUCUGUAAAUUAAGUUCAUUUUCCUAAUUCUCUCUGAAUUUUGUACAUUUGUAGCACUGCAUUUAUGAUCUUGAUCCUUAAAAGUACGAAAUUUUUGAAAAUGCAACAGGAAAAACUGGCACUUCUCAAUUUCUCUUCUCUUUUCCAUCCCACUCCACUGCUGGGUCAGACUUCUACCAUUCCCUAUUUCGAACAUUUGCAUGUGGGUUUUAAUGCUAAGGAGCAGCAAGCCUAACCAAGUACUGAGCAGAACAGGGUGAGUUAAUUUAAUUUCACUGAACAGCAGCAGUGCCUUCCAGAUAACUGUUCACAAACAUGCAGGAAGCUCCACAUAUUCGGUAAAUCCCCAUGUCCCCCAGCAUGUUCACAUUUACCAGUGCGCUUACACCCAUCCAUACACUGUGGCUCCGCAGCUGCAGACCUGAAAAGUAUUUUUUCCAUUUUAAUCGUUCGAGUUUAAGAACUGUACCUGCUUGUGUUAUUCAUUGCUUACAGUACUAUUGCCAGAUAUGUUACUACCUGCUUAAUAGCUGUUGUUCUUUUUGGUGAGCGUUGAUCAUAACACUGCUUUUAAUACAUUAAAGGAAGGGAUGUUUCCACCCCUUUCACAGUA